GGUGGGAUCAACCAAACCAUGUGAUCGCCGCUUGAUUACGCCACGUACCCCUCCUUCUCGCCACGUGUCCCGCUGUGGAAACCUCACUGCACCAGCCGUCCGAUCCAUAUUCAUAAUCAUAAACAAACCACCAGCCGAAACCCAUCAAAUUAAUCCGUUUCACUUUCGACGUCCCAGUCUCCGAGCCGAGCGAACCAGUCGCGCAUGGUUGCCCAAACCCGAAAGCACAGUCUCUCUCUCUCUCCAAAAAGCACAAAUCGCGACUGCAUUAACCGGUCCGUAUCUAUAUCAGAGGCGUUCUCGAUUUCGAAGAUGAGAAAGAGGCCUGGAACGAGCCUCCACAGCGCGAUUGUCAAUGUAUGGCGGCGAGAGGUCGGCGAGCUCUCUUCCAGAAGCUUCAUUCACCGCCUCCGUGCCUCCGAGGAUCUUGUGCUCCGACUUGAUAUCUUUAGAAAGCUGGAAAAACACAUGGGUUGUGUUAACACAAUUAGCUUCAAUGCAUAUGGUGACAUUCUUGUGUCAGGCUCUGAUGACCGGAGAGUCAUGCUAUGGGAUUGGGAAACAGGGCAUGUGAAGCUAUCAUUUCAUUCUAGUCAUCAUAACAAUGUUUUCCAAGCAAAAAUCAUGCCUUAUACAGAUGAUAGAAGCAUUGUCACCUGUGCUGCUGAUGGCCAGGUAAGGCAUGCUCAAAUUCUGGAACGAGGGCUAGUGGAAUCUAAAUUGCUAGGGAAGCAUGAUGGUCGGGCUCAUAAGCUGGCCAUUGAACCUGGAAGCCCACAUAUAUUCUAUACCUGUGGUGAGGAUGGAUUAGUUCAGCAUUUUGAUCUGAGAACUGGAGCUGCUACACAACUGUUUACUUGCAAGUCCCAACCUGAUCGGAAUUUGAUGCCGAUCAUUCAACUAAAUGCAAUUGCAAUAGAUCCAAGGAAUCCAAAUCUGUUUGCAGUUGCCGGGUCUGAUGAGUAUACUAGAGUUUAUGAUGUUCGCAAAUAUAAGUGGGAUGGGUCAACUGAUUUUGGUCAGCCUGUUGACUACUUUUGCCCUCCACAUUUGAUUGGCAAUGAGCAAGUGGGAAUUACAGGCUUGGCAUUUUCAGAUCAGAGUGAGCUUCUUGCCUCUUAUAAUGAUGAAUUCAUAUAUCUAUUUACAAGAGAUAUGGGAUUGGGACCAGAUCCAGCCCCAGCCUCUCCAGUAUCCAUGGGCAGUGAUGCAGGUGAAGUGAGCAUAGAACAUCAGUCAGCAGCAUCUCCUUCAAACAUGGAUACUGAUGCUGGAGUUCGUCCUCAAGUCUACAAGGGGCAUAGAAACCGUGAAACAGUGAAGGGUGUGAACUUCUUUGGGCCUAAAAGUGAGUAUGUUAUGAGUGGGUCUGACUGCGGCAGGAUUUUCAUCUGGAAGAAGAAGGGCGGGGAGCUUAUUCGUGUUAUGGAAGCGGAUCAGGAUGUGGUGAAUUGCAUUGAGUGUCAUCCACAUACUACUGUUCUUGCUAGCAGUGGGAUUGAGCAUGACAUAAAAAUAUGGACUCCAACAGCCCUUGACAGGGCUGUUCUGCCCGCAAAAAUUGAGAAGGAUCGUGUUCCUCGGCGAAUUUUUUUCUUUCCCACUGGGAUCAGUGAAGAGGAAGAGGAAGAGGAUGGUGAUGAUGAUGACUACUAUGACUUUUAUGAUAGUGAUGAUGAUGAUAAUGGAGAUGAUGACACUAGUGGUGAUGAUGAUGGUGGUGGUGGUGAUGACGAUGAUGAUAGUGGAGGUGGCAGUGGGGACAAUGACAAUGAUGUUGAUGACGACGACGAUGGCGACGAUGACGUUGAUGACAAUGAGGGUGGUGUUGAUGGUUGUGGUGAGGAUGAUGGGUGUGAUGAUUCUAAUCGUGAUGUUUUUGAUGAUUCCUAUGAUGAUGGCAACGAAACCCAAGGCAAGGGAGUGGGUGUACCAAGUGGCUUCCCCCCCACAGGACCUGAUGUUGCAGUUGUUUCCAGUCCUAAGGCGGAGAACAAAUCCAGAGCAAGAUGGUGAGAGUUCUACUCGGGGCCGGGAAAUACUAGAGUUCAUCUUGACAUUUGAUGCCAAUAGGAAUAUUUCCUCUGAUGAAGGCAGCGAUACCUCCAGUGUUGAAUGAAUGCUUUGAUUCACUUCAAUUGAGUCAACAAUUUGUUUUUGCGGCAUUGUACAUAAUAUGGCCGAACUAUUUCCAGAUUUUGUUUUUAGCAAAUGCCUUAUAUUUGUGAUAUCUUUUUUUCAUUCAUGACCAUCUUGUCCUUCCUUUGUUUUUGGCAUACAAUACUAUUUCCAUCCUUUGGUAUGUUCAUAUCCAAAUAAGAACUUUUUUCUCUUCUUUUUU